GUGGUCAUGCUCCAAGGCUGAGAGGCAGAGAGCUGUGCUGGCCAGCUGCUGCUGAAACAGCAGUGGAAGGGGCUUUGCACGGGGUGAUAGUUGUUCUCUUAUGGACCCGAAGCUUAAUGAUGUAUUUUGUGAUUUCAGCUAUGAAAGCUCAAAUCGAAAUAAUUCCCUGCAAGAUCUGUGGAGACAAAUCAUCAGGCAUCCAUUACGGCGUGAUAACAUGUGAAGGCUGUAAGGGCUUCUUCAGGAGGAGUCAGCAGAGCAAUGCGGCCUACUCCUGCCCCCGUCAGAAGAACUGCCUGAUCGACCGCACCAGCCGCAACCGCUGCCAGCACUGCCGGCUGCAGAAGUGCCUGGCGGUCGGCAUGUCACGAGACGCGGUGAAGUUUGGCCGCAUGUCCAAGAAGCAGCGAGACAGCCUCUACGCUGAGGUCCAGAAGCAUCGGCUCCAGCAGCAGCAGCGCGACCACCAACAGCAGCCCGGGGAGGCGGAGCCUCUCACGCCCAGCUACGGCCUCUCGGCCAACGGCCUCACGGAGCUCCACGACGACCUCAGCGGCUACAUGGACGGCCACACCCCCGACGGCACCAAACCGGACUCGGCCGUCAGCAGCUUCUACCUGGAUAUCCAGCCCUCCCCGGACCAGUCUGGCCUGGACAUCAACGGCAUCAAGCCCGAACCCAUCUGCGACUUUGCCCCCGGCUCUGGCUUCUUCCCUUAUUGCUCCUUCACCAACGGAGAAACCUCCCCUACCGUGUCCAUGGCAGAACUAGAGCACUUGGCCCAAAAUAUCUCCAAAUCACACAUGGAGACAUGUCAGUACCUGAGAGAAGAACUUCAGCAGAUGACCUGGCAAGCCUUCCUGCAGGAGGAGGUGGAGAGCUACCAGAGCAAGCCACGGGAAGUCAUGUGGCAGCUGUGUGCUAUCAAAAUAACAGAGGCCAUUCAGUAUGUGGUGGAGUUCGCCAAGCGCAUCGAUGGCUUCAUGGAGCUGUGUCAGAAUGAUCAGAUAGUGCUGCUCAAAGCAGGCUCUUUGGAAGUUGUGUUUGUCAGAAUGUGUCGUGCCUUUGACUCGCAAAACAACACAGUCUAUUUUGACGGAAAGUACGCCGGGCCAGAUGUGUUCAAGUCAUUAGGCUGUGACGACUUGAUCAGCUCCGUCUUCGAGUUUGGGAAAAACUUGUGUUCGAUGCACCUGUCUGAGGAUGAGAUCGCCCUGUUCUCUGCCUUUGUGUUGAUGUCUGCUGACCGAUCUUGGCUCCAGGAGAAGGUGAAAGUGGAGAAACUUCAGCAGAAGAUUCAGUUGGCUCUCCAGCACGUCCUGCAGAAGAACCACCGAGAGGACGGCAUUCUUACAAAGUUGAUAUGCAAAGUGUCGACACUGCGGGCGCUGUGCAGUAGGCAUACAGAAAAGCUUACGGCUUUCAAAGCAAUAUAUCCAGACAUUGUGCGUGCCCACUUCCCCCCCUUAUAUAAGGAGCUGUUCGGAUCAGACUUUGAGCAGUCCAUGCCCGUUGACGGGUAGCGUCCCUGCCAGGUGCCAGAGCGCCCACCGUAGGGGAAUGUGGAGGAGGAAUCUGAGACACUUUAUUUUGGUGCCCUGCACAAACCAGAGUGGACAAGAUGGCACGCUGCUCAACAUCUUCUUUUUCAUCGAAGCGUAGGGCUGAUGGAGUUGAUUCUCAAGGUUUACUUCAGUGGUUCUCUUUGGAAGACUUGGGGGAGCCAACACCCCGUCCAACACGAAGACAAACAAUUUCUGCCCAGUUGAACUUGACCAUCUUUUGCGCAUUUCUGUGACGAUGGAUGUCAAUCAUGUGUUCAUUCGGCAGGAUUUACUUUAACGAUGUUUUGAUGCAUCUGGCUUUAAAUUGUAUGAAUCAUUGGUUUUGGUGUUCAAAUCUUUCAUUCGGCACUGAAACAUUUGUUAUUUUUGAGAAAACUGCAAUAAUUCCCUUUUUUCAGAUCAGUUGCACACAUUCAAAUGUGAAAUGCGCACAUUUUGGUCACGUUCUGCUUUUUUCUUUUCUUUCUCGUAUUCUGUCGAAAUCUUCUGGAUACAUUGCUUGGGACGCAAACUCACAGCAACUUGGAGGGAGGCUCUGUCGGCAUGGUGAUGCAAUCGGCACCUCUCUAUGGACAAUCGUUUAAAGAGUUAAAAAACAAACAAACAAAAAAGGAAACUUAGAAUUCUGGUAAUUCUACUGAAAUGAUUUUAGCUGUCAAAAACCUCCAUCCACCAUUGUUGCAUAGUGAAAUCAUGUAAGGCCAUCUGCUAUUAAUCCUUCUCUGGACGGGUGCCCCAGAGAAGCACGGGGCACCAACACAAUGAAAAGGGUCCAUUCCACCUGUUUUAUAAUGUACUACAGGGUAUAUGGUCAUAAGUACUUACUAUACAGAAAAAAAGUAAUGUUUAUAGAAUCUAUUUUAAAUAACAUGUAUGAUAUUCGUAGUUAGACGAUUCUUAAUUGUGCAAUUGAUAAGGCACUUUUCUUUACACCUUUGUUUAAUUUAAGACUUGUAUAUUUACCUAGUGAUGUGUUGCAUGUGCACAAGAAGAAAUACAAGUUGAACCACGGCCA